GCGGCAUCUGUCUCUCCAUCUCCUCCUGGUUUGUCUCUUCUAUCAUUCGCAGCCUGCCUAUUGAUGGGCCAUCUGCCAGGAUGAGCGGUCCCCCGACGCUGGGCCCCGGGGUGGAGGAAACCGUAGCCUCAGGAAUCUUUGAAUUUGGCACGGACUGGCCCAGGUCCCCUAAUGUCAGCCGCCCCCCUGGCAGCUUGGGCAGGGAGGAAGAGGAGGGAAGAGGGGCAGGGGGUGAGGCUGGAAUGAUCGUUAUUCAGUCCAUCUAUGCGCUGGUGUGCCUGGUGGGACUGGUGGGCAAUGCCUUAGUUAUCUUCGUCAUUCUCCGCUAUGCCAAAAUGAAGACAGCUACUAAUAUCUACCUGUUGAAUCUGGCCAUUGCUGAUGAGCUCUUCAUGCUCAGCGUGCCCUUUGUGGCUUCCUCGGCUGCCCUCCGCCACUGGCCUUUUGGCUCUGCCCUCUGCAGGACUGUGCUGAGUGUUGAUGGCCUCAAUAUGUUUACCAGUGUCUUCUGCCUGACAGUGCUCAGUGUAGACCGCUAUAUUGCCGUGGUGCACCCCCUGAGAGCUGCCACUUACCGAAGACCUAGUGUGGCCAAGCUCAUCAAUGGAGGAGUAUGGCUGGCUUCCUUGCUCGUCACUCUGCCCAUUACCAUCUUUGCAGAUACCAAACCCACUCGAGGUGGUCAGGCUGUGGCCUGCAAUCUGCACUGGCCCCAUCCAGCGUGGUCUGCUGUCUUUGUGGUCUACACCUUUCUCCUGGGUUUCCUCCUUCCUGUCCUGGCCAUUGGCCUUUGUUAUCUGCUUAUUGUGGGCAAAAUGCGAGCAGUUGCCCUCAGGGCUGGAUGGCAGCAGAGACGCAGAUCCGAGAAGAAGAUCACCAGGCUGGUGCUCAUGGUGGUGGCUGUCUUUGUGCUUUGCUGGAUGCCCUUUUAUGUGGUACAGCUGUUGAACCUCUUUGUGCCCAGCCUGGAUGCCACUGCUAACCACGUGUCCCUCAUCCUCAGCUAUGCCAACAGCUGUGCAAAUCCCAUUCUAUACGGCUUCCUCUCAGAUAACUUCCGGCGUUCAUUCCAGAGAGUGCUCUGCCUUCGUUGUUGUCUCCUAGAUGCUGCUUCUGCUGCUGAGGAAGAACCUUUAGACUACUAUGCUACGGCCCUCAAGAGCAAAGGGGGUGGGUGUAUGUGUCCCACUCUCCCCUGCCAGCAGGAACCUGUGCACCCAGAGCCCUGUGGUAAGCAUGGCACCCUUACCAGAACCACCACCUUCUAAAGAGCAAACUCCUGCUUCUUGGUCUUACCUGUCACUCAGACCCCUUUGGGUCCUGAAUCAUCAUGCAGAGAUCAUCCCCGCCCCCUCCCUCCCAGAGGCUAACUUCAUCAUUUCUCACUAAACUGUUUCCUCCUUGAACAUCCCUCAAGAACCUUGGACUUCUGGAGUAACAAUCUUUGUAAGAAGAAAAUCUCCUUUCCAAGUGGACAUUGUCAUCUUGGUUGUAUAUUGUUCUCAAGUACACCUGCAUCCCACCAAGCUAAUCCUGUCCUCUCCCCAGAGCUACAGUUUGCUAAAGGACAUCUCCAUGGGGUAGGACUCACUCAGUGCAUGGACCAUGACAAUUACCAUUCCUGAGACCUUGGAAUUUUAUUUAUUGUUUGCAUUUUUAUUGGGGAGGGUAGAGGGAAGGGGGAAUGAGGGAGUACUGUCUUUAUCACUUGUUUCUCCAGCUUUCCUUAAGAAAAAAAAGUAGAAAAACACAGGAGUCAGGAAGGAACCCGAUCUCAAAUUCUGGCCUCUAAAUAGGAACUCUUCCCUUUCCUAUAGGUUAUUCCUUUCUUAUUGUAAUUGAGGUACAGUGUGAACUGUGUACAGGGGAAAAAGCAUCUAAUGUCUCAGAAAACUCAUUUUCUUUUUGUCUUUAGCUCUGUACCAAGUAAUAUUUAUUCCAGCUUAGGAUACUAUCUUGUUUGCUUCUAGUCUUAACAUGUAGUCACAUAUAUGCAUUAUAUCAGACUUAGUAACAGGUUCUUUGUAGAGCCAAGUUUGAAGCUGUGUAUUGUUGGACUUAAUGUAAGGCACAAAAUCUGGUCAAUAAUAAUAAAAAAAACUAGAGAGGAUAAAAAUCUCACCUCAAUCUUGUGCUGUCACUUAUUUGCCAGGGUCCCUUUAAGGUGGGAGUUUGUCUUCCUUUUUGGGUACAUAUUUGUUUUACUGCUAGGAAAAACUAACAGUAGGGAUGGGAAAGGAAAAUUCUAAUAGAAAAAAUUAUUUUUAAGAAGGGGUGUAAAUAUACACUUAGGUAUCUUUAUCCUUUUUUUUCUUUUUUUCUUCAGUAAAUGAUUAGAAAAGAUAUAUGUAAUAAACCAUGACUCUAGCCAGAAGUCUAAAAAACUAAAAAGACAUAAAUGAUUUUCUGCUAGCCAAAUUAUGGCUGGUGGUUCUUAAAAUGGAAAAAAGGUGAGAAGUCCAUUUCUGCUUGCUGUCAGAUGAAAAGAUGGAAUUGUAAUCUCUGGUAACUGUUCCUUAUCUUAAAAACCUAAUAAAUGUUAUCAUGUAUGUAUUAAUACCCAUAGUGGAUGAAGAUAAAAUAGGGGUCAUUUUAAAAGGAGGAAAACAACUAUUUCAUAUUCAGAAUAGGGAGCAAUGAAAGAAUAGUGUUAUAUGCAUAUGGGGAAUGAAGUAGGGGAAAGGGAUGGGAUCCUGGUAGAUAUAAGAUUUAGAGGUGCAAGGGAUAUUAGGAAUUACCUCAUAUAAUUCCUUUGGAGAAGGAAAAUUGCAGAAAUUAAAGGAUUUCCCCAAAUUCAUGCAUCUAAGAAGUGGUAGGUAAGAAUUUGAACCUAAGUCCAAUGACUCAAAACCCAAACUCUUUCUGGUACUGUCUUUUAUUAGGCAUGUAUUAAUAUUCCAAGCCACUAAAUCUUAGUUUAGAAUUGGAAUUUCAGUGGAAGUGUUGGCACUCUGAAAGUGAAAUUCUACUCUCAAAUACUUGUACCUUCCCAACUGCAUCUGACAUAAACUAAGAAGAUGUCAGUGUCUUUGAGGCAGGUGGCAAGUCAGACAAUCUCCAUGGGAACAGGGGAGCUCAAGUGAGCUUAUUUUAUCUUUUGCCAUAAAACACUGCCAGGACUAAGGAUUCAUUAUUUUAAUCUGUUUCAACAAAUAUGUAUGUUCCCCUCUAUGAAAAAGCAUUAUGCCCAGCACCAUGGACAGACAAAUUAA